AUGACCUCGCACAUAUCGGGCGUGGGCGUGAGGAGCAGCAGCAGCAGCAGCAGAAGCAGCUUGGUGGGCAGUGCCUUCAGUAGUUCGAGGCAGGGAGAGUCUGCCUUUGGCAGCAGCGGCGGCGGUAAGGAUUCCCGCCUCCCGCUGGUGGCUGGACAAGGUCCUGGCUCACAAACACGCCGUACGUACUCCGCCAACCCUACAAUCAAUGUACUGUACAAUAUUAUGUUUAUCUCCAACAGGAAUGAGAACUUGCGUACUCUGGACAACAUUCUUGGACACAUAGGCAACACUCCGCUUGUCAAACUGAAUAACAUACCUAAGAGCUUUGGCCUCAAGUGUGAUGUCUAUGCAAAAUGUGAGUUCUUCAACGCUGGAGGGAGUGUGAAAGAUCGCAUUGCUCUGCGAAUGAUAGAAGAUGCAGAAAAAAAAGGUCUUAUCACACCUGGCAUAUCAGUGCUUAUUGAACCAACAUCUGGCAACACAGGAAUUGGAAUAGCAUUAUGUGGGGCAGUGAAGGGUUACCGGUGCAUCAUCGUGAUGCCUGAGAAGAUGAGCAACGAGAAGGUCUAUGUUCUUAGAGCUCUUGGAGCAGAGAUUGUGCGUACGCCGACAUCUGCAUCAUGGGAUUCCCCUGAGUCUCAUAUCUCAGUGGCAAAGAGACUAGAGAAGGAGAUUCCUGGAGCAAUCAUCCUUGAUCAGUAUAAAAAUCCAGAACCAAUGUCUCACUAUGAAGGCACUGGGAUCCUGCAACAAACUGGUGGUAAUGUUGACAUGCUGGUGGCAGGCACACAGGGAACCAUAACUGGAAUUGCAAGAAAGCUGAAGGAACGGAUUCCUGACUGUAAAGUUGUUGGUGUGGACCCAGAAGGCUCGAUAUUAGCAUUGCCUGAAGAGCUUAACAAAAAUGAGGUCUCUGGAUAUGAAGUUGAAGGGAUUGGGUAUGACUUCAUCCCUAAUGUCCUGGAUCGAGAAGUGGUUGAUGUAUGGAUAAAGUGCAAUGACAAAGAUUCACUAAACAUGGCACGCAGGAUGAUCAAGGAAGAAGGCCUCUUGUGUGGUGGAAGCUGUGGAGCUGCCAUGCACUCUGCAAUGAUAGCAGCAGCAGAACUUGAGGCUGGGCAGAGAUGUGUUGUAAUAUUGCCAGACUCUGUACGAAACUACAUGACCAAACAUCUCUCUGAGCAGUGGAUGAUGGAAAGGGAUUUCAUCAAGGAGGAUGAAGAAACACAAAGUAAACACUGGUGGUCACCCCUGAAGGUAUCAUCGCUGCCCCUCUCAGCACCCCUGACUGUUUUACCAACUAUUUCCUGCCAGGAUGCCAUCGCUAUCAUGCAGCGCGAGGGAUACGAUCAGUUGCCUGUUGUUGACCAAGAAGGGAUGAUUCAGGGAGUUGUGACUCUAGGAUCUCUCAUGGCCAAAAUGGUGUCCUCAAAGAUAGAAGACUCUAGUCCAGUCCAGCAAUCUUUAUAUUCACAGUUCCGAAAAAUCAAACUAGAUACUACCUUGGGCAAGCUCUCACACAUCCUAGACCGUGACCACUUCGCUCUUGUUGUCCACACACAACGUCUCUGCAGGGGACACCCCGAUAUGGAAGGCUCCGUCAUAGAGAAGGAGGUGUGCAUUGGUAUUGUGACCCAGAUUGACCUCUUAACACACAUCACCAAGCACCAGAAGGACCUGAAGGAAGCCUCUGAGUAGUAUCAGUAUCCUUACACAGUGCAGGACAUCUGGAUGAGGUCAAUGAAAGGAUCAGAAAUCAUAAUAGAUAAUCCAUAGAAUGUUCAUUUAACUCAUAUUUUCAUUAUAAUCUAAAUGUGACGUCUGUCAUAAUGGAGACACCUUGAAAACAUUGUUCUUGGGUUUAACGUAUGAGUGACUUGCAAGUACAGAGGACUCUCAAAUCUUGAACAUAAAGACGAUGUGUGAUCUGUUGUUUUGGCGUUUGCCUUUGUAUGAGUUAUUAAAGAAAGCAAUGAUAUUUUAUGAUCCCACAAUUGCUUUAUAUUUAUUUUUUUUGCUAAGUCUGUGGUUUUAAUGAGUGCCAACAUUCGAAAUUCUUGAAAUAUGGUGAAAUAACCCACAAUCAUCAAAUCAAUAAGUAUGAAAAAUAUGAGCCUCUACAACAAAUAUUUUGGGGGGAAUUUUAAUCCUUGGUAAUUCUUAAAGUGUGCAUCUGUGUGGCCAUUAACAUGAAUACAGUACAGCAGACAAAUACUGAUUUCAAGUUUACCAUAAGAACACCAUUUUAUUAUACUGUACUACACAUAUUUCUUAUUCAUAUAUUUCCUUCCUGUUGCAGGAUAUAAAUUUUCCUACUAUAUUAUUGAUAAAUUUAGAGACAUUUUACAUUCCAUUUAAUUCAUUGAGGGACAAACCACAUCUAAAACAUAGUGAAAAAUAAUGAACACGUACUUAAUGUUUUCCCAGAUGACAAAUUAAACUAUAAGUUAUACAUACCGUAUACAGCUAUAAAUUGUGAAAACAAUGAUCGAAUACAUUGGUCCCUCGGUUAACGAGCACAAUCCGUUCCAGCAGGUUGCUCGUUAACCAAAAAACUCGUUAACCGAAACCAUUGUUUCAAUGGGUUUUUGGGUAAUUG